GCAUCAGAUAAGAUGGGGUAGAACAUGCCGUGUCUCUGAAUUCCACGUGGGGGGAAAGUGGGUAACCUCAAAUUUCCUGUGCCCGCCCACAUGGUACGAAGCCCACAGUUCAGAAGUUUGGGAACACACUUCGUAUUAUGCCAUCCGUUCUAGUCUGGUGCAUAAGAAUCCAAGUCUCUGAGGAAGGUGACAUGGUGUGCAACCCACUGGACAAAGAGCUUUGGCUGCCACCUCCUGUGGCAAGCCUGGCCAUGAAGCUCCUCCUGAUCAUCGCAAUUCUGCUGUUCCAGAAGUCCACAGUAACUGAACAACUUAAGAGAUGCUGGGGUGAAUAUAUACGAGGAUAUUGCAGGAAAAUAUGCAAAAUAAGUGAAAUACGUGAAGUACUAUGUGAGAAUGGGAGAUACUGUUGCCUCAAUAUCGUGGAAUUGGAAGCACGUAAAAAAAUUACAAAGCCACCUCGUCCAAAGCCAAGGACAUAUGCAGUGACUUUCCCUCAAGAUUAUGAUAUAAACAUAGAAAAUUAUUCAAGACCCAAGGCAAACUCUACUUGA